CAUCUUCACGCGGCCACCGAGAAGAGGAGGACGCGCGAUCCAGUUCGACUCCUCCCCGACGCGGAUUUGGAUUUCCAUUUGACAAAUACUCUAUUUUAUUUUUACGACCAUCAUGACGUCUUACGGGUUACUGGAUCAACCAGACGAAGAUGGUCUCCACAAGUCGCGCCUUUUGAACGUCGAAGAAAAGCCUUUCAAGCGGAUUUCAAAACGCCUCCUCAACAACGAUUCAACCGUAGUGUCCAACUCGACGCUCCCUCCCACCCCUCCACCAGAUGGUGCAGACGAUGAUGCAACAGCAGCUGCAGAGGCGGAGAAACAGAGACGGCUCGAGGAAUGGCGCCAUUUCCGUGAAGAUGUUGCUUUGGAUUUUUCCGCAUUUGAAGGCAGUAUCGCGCGCAUCCAGUUCCUCUUGACGAGUAACGAGAAGGAGCGCGAGCGCUAUGCGACAGAGAAGCUUCGAAUCCUUGAUACAAUGCAGUCGGUGCGUGACAAUACCGCGGAGCUGCGGGUACAGCUCGAGGAGGCCCAGCGUCUACUAGCACUGCGCAAAAGCUACGAUGAAUUGGCAGAGAAGAUUACCAGCAACCGACUCUUGAAGCCGCGCGAAGAUCAACAGGCCAAUCUACAAAAGCUACAGGCGGAAAUAACGGAGCUGGAGAAAGAGAGUAAAGAAUACGCACACACCUGGUCGGAACGGCGAGAACAGUUCGGUCGCAUUGUUGAAGAAGGAAUGCAACUUCGUCGGCUCAUUCGUGACGAGAAGGAGGAGGUCGAGCGCAGAGAGGGCAUGCAAGAGGAAGAAGAUGGAGAUGACGGGGAUGUUCCCUCCAAGGGGAAAUCCAGUGGAGCUAAUACCCCUCGUCACGAGUCAGACAGUCUGACUCCUUCUCAACAUGGCCAUGAUGAUCUUGGACGAUCACCAGCGGGCUUGCAAGUGGAAAAGACGGGUACUGCCGGUGCGGUGUCACCCUUGCGACAAAUGACUGCGGUGGACGACGAAAAUAAGACUACCCCCGAUCAGGACACCUCAAUGGAAGAUGAAGGCGAGGUCCCCGAAGAGCUAGAAGAAGGGGAGGAAGUCCAGGAUGACCGUGCAGACAAAAUGGACACUACUUGAUUAUCGGAGAAUUUUCUCUACCACACAUUGAGCAAGGAGUUCGGUUGGUGGCGUUCGCAUUAGGGUAACUAUCACAAUGCAACAAUGGCUUUGCUUUUCUCAGGGGCAAUUUAUUGAAUAAUUUUUCGUGCUGUGGAUUAAGUACAUGU